UGUGGUUGAGAAGGGUUUUUAAUACACAGCCUUAUAUAUGUAACACACGUUUAGGAUGAACAUGGAAAAAGAUGUGAUAAACCGUCAUCAAAUUCAUCUGUAUUUAUACCUAGUAGUUAUUUUUGCAUUUACUAUUGUGAUAUCCAGAGGCCAACAGGAUUGUGUAAUUGAAAAGUCUACCAACUCUACACGAUGUUGUACUGGCUUUCGACUUAUAAACAGAACAUGCACAGAGUGCAUUGGAUAUUUCGGAGAAAACUGCAGUGUUCCCUGUCCGCCAGGAUUUUAUGGACCAAGAUGUAAAACAAGAUGUAAUUGUUCUGUAAAAGAUACUUGUAAUCAGUUUGUUGGCUGUAUAUCAAACUACACGUGUGUUUUAGACAGGCAGCGACCAGUAGAGCAAGAAAACCUCAGUUGGCAGUUGUUGAUCGGCUUAUUAUGUGUUCAAGGCUUCAUUUCGGUUAUCUGCUUUACUUGUGCAAUGAGAAAAAGAUUGAAGUGGACACACAAUUUUAAGAUAACAAAUCUGGGAAGUUUUAAAGCGCGUGUAAACCAUUCCGAGAGAAAAAUUAAAAAGCAUGGAAAUAAUAUAGGAAACCACGAGAUCGAUGACGAUCAGCCCUUAGACAGAUGUGGGACCUCAGGAUAUGAAACGUGUAACGAAUACAACCAUAUCCAGUUCCCAAAAGCUGCUAUGGUAGAUAUCUGCUCCGAUGAGUAUAGCACGACAAAGGACCAAAAUCUACUACACAAUAGACACUAAAGACUAAACCAUAAAGAUGUGGCAGUUUUAUUUUCUUCUUAAAUCCAGAGAAUCAGAGAAGCGUAAAACUAUUUAGAAGCUGAAAAAUUAUUGAUAUAAGUGUACCUAGAUCAAACCAUACCUAUUAGAAAAAUGAAAUCAUAAUAAACGAUAAACAUGUUGACAGUUACUAGUAUUCCGUAAGAACAGAGCUAGUAUGACCUAGUUAAACGUUGUGUAGUCUUUAAUCUGGGUCGAAAUGGCAAUUUAGAACAUUAAUUUUUCUGAAAAAUACUCAGUAACUGUAGAAAAACUUUCAAAUUCUAAUGAUAAAACGCUGUUUUCUAAAUUUAAAAAUACCACAUAGAUCAAUAUAAAAAACUUUUGGUGCCUCAGAUAUUUGAUAAUAACAAAGCCCUCUAUAUUGACUUAGUGCCAUUUCAUAUUGGUACGAUAGAAAAGUAAAACGUAAUAUUAAAUCGUUAGGGAAAGAAAGUUGUUGUCAACUCUAUAUCCAACGGACAACAUUCUUAUCUUUUAUCAUAUAAGUUGUAAAAUAGAAUUAUAUGCAUUUGGAUGUUAAUUAGAAAACAAAGUUAUUGAAAAAAUAUUAAAACAAACUAGACACGAGCAACUAGGAUGUCUUCCGUGCGAUGUUUUGAAUGUAAUAUGACCUCGACUUUGAUAAAUAACCAUUUUUCUCCUUAUUGGGACCACAUAACAAAAUUUUGAUGGUUGAAUAUUGUCAGGAACAUCAUUUGUAGCAUCUUUCAUUCUAUAUUGCUUUUCAAAAUAAUGCUUUUUAAAAUAUUUGUUCUGUUUGAGAUAUGUUAUCAUAGUUUUGGAUUUAUGGCCCCUUAAAACCCCGAAUUACGGAAUAUAUGAUAAAAUAAUUAUAAUUUACUGUUAAAUAAAUGUUCGAUGAACAUUUUUGCUUCCAAAACAUAUAACAAAAUAUUUUUCAGUAAAGUGCUAUAAAAAAAGAGACUUCAGAGCCUUCAUGGCCCCUAAAUUAAAAGGCCAGCCCCUUUUUCUCGAUAUCAAACGAAACGGCUUUUGAUAUCAAACAUGGGUUGACCCCUUAUCUCCUUACUGGGGCCAUAUGACAGAAUUUGAUGGUUCAAUAUUGACUAAAGCAUCAUUCUAAGCAUUUAUUAUUACACAUUGCUUUUCAAAAUAUUUGUUAUUUUUUGCGAUAUGAUUGAUCGAUGUUUUGGACUUCUAGCCCCUUAAAAUUCCUAAUAACGUAACGCUUGAUAAAGUUUUUAUAAGGUAUAGUUCCAUAUAAGAUGUAAGAUGAACGGUUUUGCUUCUUAAACAUAUCACAAAAUAUUUCUCAGUAAAGUGCUAUGAAAGAAAUACUUUAAAGCCCUUUUGACCCCUAAAUGCAAGGACCUUUUUAUUGAGAUCAAAUGAAAGGUCUUUUGAUGUUAAAGGAAGUGAACAUAAAUAAAUAAAUUGUUGCUCAAUAAAUUUUAAAAGCCUUUUGAAACUUAGAAAUGGUGUUUGGAACGUUUUUGUCUAUUUCUAUCAUGAGAUUUUAUCAAUUUAACACUCUCAGUGAAAGGUUAAUAGAGGUAAUCCAUUUCCCCCCAGCAUGCAUCUGUUCUCUGACGUAGAAAAGCCACAUUGCUGCUGGUGACUGGGUCAAUGAUAGAACUGGGUCAAUGCUUAUACGGAGUUCAUAAAAGUUACAUAGAAAACUUAUGCCUAGAUGUGCAGCAAAAUGUUGUACUGUCAUGAGAGGACAAGGAUUCAGUAUAUAUCUAUAACUGAACCUUAGGUAAUUAACUAUACACGGUUUGUGCAGAAUAAUGAAUUGAUAAUUUGUGAAAUAUGAGACCACGGCAUUCCAGAUGUUUGUUCAGAAAUCUGACAGUCAGUGUUUACAUAAAUAAAAUGCUCUUUGUAGAUUUCAAAUAAAUGUAAAAAUGUAAUUUCAUUUUCUUUGUGUAGUUUCUUACCUUUAAUUCUAUUUAAAUAUAGCUCUAGAGAUCUCCCUGUCUGAUUUGGUUUUAUCUUUAAUUAGAUCUUGAUGAUACGUAUGCCGGUUCUGUUUAUGCUGUCAGAAGAAAAACAGAACUAAGUCACAUUUUAAAAAUCAGGAUGCUGAGCAAUGCACCUUAUGUGCUCAUUUAUGUAGCACACAUAAUGUUCAAACUCAUAACAGCAAAUUAAGAAAUUCCAGAGUGCAAGAAAAAAUAGAUAACAAUAACACUGAUCCAGAACAUUCCGUUCUGGUUACAUUUAACAUUAAUUGCUGAUGAAAAUGGAUCAUUCUGAGAUCCAAAAUCUUUCUCCAUAUACCGUGUUUCAAAAUGUCAUUUCUUUUCAUCCAUUUCAAGUUUUAAUUUACAUUUUGAUGGUGACAUUUUAUUGCUGAUACUAAGCGUGUGUAAAAAUGCAGUGUGUCUUACUGACAUCAGCAUCGGUGCUGCCCUCUCUUAGAUGCUUAGAGAUAACCAAGCAGGGAAGUAAUGAUUUUAACAAUUUGGCAGCGCUCAUGGAUUGCAAGAAUUAGUUAUUCUUAGAGGUAUCUCUUUUUACUGGGGAAAGCUGUAUCUAAAUAGUUUUCAGAUAUCAUUAUAUACACCAAACAGACAAAUUUGUGCCCUUGAUAAUAUUUUCAUGUUCACUUCCUUUAAACAGAUUUUGUUCAACAAUUGUUUAAAAACUCGUGACUGUAUUUGAGCUAUCUGGGAUAGGAAGUUUUACGGGCCGGCCCCUUAUCUCCCUAUUGGGGCCAGAUAACGAAACUUGAAUGGUUGAAUACUGUUUCAAACAUCAUUCUAAGAACCUUUUAUUCUAUAUUGCUUUUCAAAAUAUCAGUACUUUUUGUAAUAUAUUUAAUAAAAGUUUGGACAUCUAGCCCCUUAAA